UCCGGGUUCAAUGAAAUAGCACGGAUAAACGAGGUUCGUUUGUGUGUUGUAAACUUUUUCCGACGUCGGACGCGUUUUGUUGUGUUGCUGUUUGUACAAAUUUUGCAGCAUCUUUUCUGCCGUAAUAGCAGGUUGCAGAUUGCACAGACAGUGGAGUGGAAAUUGUGAAAAAGACGUGUCCGCUUUAGAUCAGGAGGCUGGGACUAAAAUUCACCCGUGUGUGUCGAUUAAACCGCGACACCGGGUGGUUCAGCUGCUUGCUGUGGCAUCCGGAUAGUGGAUGGAAAAAUGUGCCAGCGAGCAAUGCUGAUGUUGCCAGAACGCAUCGUGCCACAGAUAAUUCUUCCAGCCAGCACUACCGUACCUCAGCAACAGCAGCCAACGGUCCGUUCCUCCGUCCAUGACCAGGUACGAUCGGUACAGCUUGUCGUCGGACCAGCAACAGAAACAGCGGGAACAUUCACCACCCGCAGCAGAGCAGUGUCAGAACCGGGACGUAGUCGCCGUUGGAUGCACCGCAAUGACUGACGAGGAAUUGUUGCUGCUUGAGCGUGCCAACGCCGAGCGGGAUGAGAUAUUCCUGCGCUACGACCAGGGACGCAAAUGUGACAGUAUCGAUGCCUGGGAGGAUCCACUGUUCGAGAUUUACACGCACUCGGACCGAUACGGCUUUCUGCAUCCCGUUGCACCGAAACAGUCGAAGGAGACGGAACAGAUACAGCACAAGAUCGAGAUGGAGCGUGUAAAGAAGUGGGUAAAGAUGCACAAAAAUUGGUCCAGCACGGCUACGAAGGAAAAUCUUCGCCGGCGCGUCAUGAAGGGCAUCCCGGAUCGGAUGCGGUCGGCGAUCUGGCGCAAGCUGCUUGAUCUUGAUCUACACAUAGCGAAAAACUUGGGCGUGUACGAGCGGAUGCUGCAAUGUGCGCGGCAGCACAGCCCAGACAUACGGCAGAUCGAUUUCGAUGUGAACCGCCAGUUCCGGAACCAUCUGUUCUAUCGCGAUCGGUACAGUAUGAAGCAACAAAGUUUGUUUCGUGUACUGGCCGCGUACAGUAUGUACAAUACGGAAGUUGGCUACUGUCAGGGUAUGUCGACUGUGGCCGCGGUAUUGCUGAUGUACUUCGACGAGGAGGAUACAUUCUGGGCGUUGGACGUGCUGAUGACCAACCCGCGUUACGCUAUGCACGGUCUGUACAUUGUGGGGUUCCCGAAGUUGAUGCGCUUUUUGGCGCAUCAUGAUAAAAUUCUCACCAGGUGUUUGCCCAAGCUGAAGAAACACCUGGACAAGCACGAGGUACACUCUGUGCUGUAUUCAUUGAAAUGGUUUUUUGUUAUCUUCAUCGAACGGAUACCUUUUAGUCUCUGUUUGCGUGUGUGGGAUAUUUACAUGAUGUUUGGCGAACGUGUACUUACGGCAAUGUCGUACACUAUACUGAAAAUUCAUAAAACGAAACUUGUUCGAAUGAAAGACAUGGACCAGGUGACGGAUUUCUUGCAGACAUCGUUACACAAACAGUUCGGCUAUGACGAUGAUUAUGUGAUAAAGGUUCUUCAGAAUUCGAUGGACGAGCUGAAGAAGCUAAAGCUGCUUAAUAUGCCACCUGCUUCCGCUAACGAGCUUCCCACUUUGCCAAGGGGACAGACGGUGGAACUAUCUGCUAAGGCGAAGAUCGGCCACCGUAAUGAACAGUUUUCGGAUCGCGAAAUAGCACUGAAAGAAACAGUGCUGUAUCGCAGCGAAUCGAAAAACGAAGAGGAGAACGAACAGUACAAUAAUGGGGAGGUGGUCAGGGAUCGUGCCGCUAUUACGGGUACGGAAGAGGAUGAUGAUGAACGGACGGAGAAAGAUUAUGAUGAUAUUACGGAAGACACCGUGAGCCAACUGCAUACAGUUUCGGACAUGGAUGGUGGAAGCAUAACGAAGCAUUCGUUGACCGGAACAUCCGUAACCUCAACUAACGACAUCAGCCUAACGUCGUACGACCGUACCUGUGAUAUAUUCCGGUUGCAAACAUCGGGACAGCAUCAAAGUAGUCGCGAUCUGCCACCCGCCGGCACAACAUCGGCCGUCCUUAUGUUCGAUCAGUUGGCCGCUCAGCUGUCGGACGAAGAGCUUUCCUCGUACGGAGCAGCAGUCGAGCUAAUGCUGGACGAUGAAGGUGUGCUUGAUGAGGCUGAAACUAAUCGACCAGUGAUGAUGAUGGUCGACAAAGAGGGGGGAGAUAAUUCGUCCACAGGUCCGGAAGAGUUGGUGGAAGAGUUGGCACCAACGUUGGUUCAAUCGUUAACUGAUCCUGUACUCAACGGUUCAACUCACCCGGCAGACCAGCAAACCAUUGACGAGGAAGAUGAAGACGAACUAACCGAAAAGCAGCUAUCGUGCUAAUCAUGCUGCCCGAAUGUGGGCCAAAAUCAGAGUAAUGAACUGCGGCAAACCCAACCGUAAUAAUGCUCACUGCCGAAAAACUGCUGCAGGAAAGAAAUGUAUUCUUCUUACUUUUAACCAGGUUUAAGGUGAAAACUGUGUAAGAUAACUAUACCCCAGUAGUACGACCAGCGUUUGUAGUGGUGAAUUUCGGAAUGUUUCCAACUUUACACGGUGUGAAUAAAGCGUACAUUUGUGAAUGAAAAUGUGAA